AUGGCAGAAAAUAGCUCUCAAAAUGAAGUAUCUAAAAUAGAGAAAUUACAAAGAAGUUUGACAAUGAGUUUGUAUUUUAUUGGUAUUUCCACUCUAUCCUGGUUUAUUUGUACUACUAAAAGAAGAAAAGAAUGGGCGGACAUUAUGCUUGAUUAUGUUCAUCAUAAAAGAUGUUCUUUUUUAUCUAAUUCAUGGGGAAAGUUUCAAAAAAGACUAAAAUCAUAA